UUUGGCUUCCCACCCUUGAGGACUCCGGGGGGCCCCUCCCGGGCGGAGCUGACCGCUCCCCGCUGCUGGCCGCGCCGCGAUGCUCGUGAGGAAAGUGCCGGGCUUCGCCCCGGCCUCGCCGUGGGGGCUGCGGCUGCCGCAGAAGUUCCUCUUCCUGCUCUUCCUCUCGGGCCUCGUCACCCUCUGCUUCGGCGCCCUGUUCCUGCUGCCCCACUCCUCCCGCCUCAAGCGCCUCUUCUCGGCCUCGCGGACCCAGCAGCCCGGCCUGGAGGUGAUGGCCGAAAUCCCCGGGCACCACCCGCUGCCCGAGCAGGAGCCGCCUCCCAACCCUGCCCCGGCCGCCCCGGCCCCGGGGGAGGACGGUCCCGGCCGCCCGGUCGGUGUCCUCCACAGGAAGGGCUGGCUGCGGCGCACCCGCCCCACCGGGCCCCGGGAGGAGGGCAACAGCGUCGCGGCUCCCCGGCCGCGCGAGGAGAGCGUCCGCUUCAGUUUCGACUACAACGCUUUCCGCAGCCGCCUUCGGCACCCGGUCUUGGGGACAAGGACUGACGAGAGCGAGGAGUCCCAGAGUCUCGUGCGAGCCCAGCGAGAGAAAGUCAAAGAGAUGAUGCGGUUUUCAUGGCAGAACUAUCGCCGUUAUGCGAUGGGCAAGAAUGAGCUCCGGCCACUCACAAAGGACGGCUACGAGGGCAGCAUGUUCGGUGGCCUCAGUGGGGCAACUAUCAUCGAUUCUCUUGACACCCUCUACCUCAUGGAGCUGAAGGAGGAGUUCCAGGAGGCCAAGGCCUGGGUCCAGGACAGCUUCCACCUGAACGUGAGUGGAGAAGCAUCUCUGUUUGAAGUGAACAUCCGAUAUAUCGGAGGACUGCUCUCGGCCUUCUACCUGACGGGAGAAGAGGUGUUCCGAGUCAAGGCCAUCAAGCUGGGUGAGAAACUGCUACCAGCCUUCAACACUCCCACGGGCAUUCCCAAGGGCGUCGUGAACUUCAAAAGCGGUAGCUGGGGCUGGGCCACCGCGGGCAGCAGCAGCAUCCUGGCUGAGUUUGGAUCCCUGCACUUGGAAUUCCUGCACCUCACUGAACUCUCGGGGAACCCGGUCUUCGCAGAAAAGGUCAAGACUAUCCGCAAGGUCCUCAGGGAGAUUGACAAGCCCUUCGGCCUCUAUCCCAACUUCCUCAGCCCAGUGAGCGGAAACUGGGUGCAGCACCAUGUCUCGGUCGGAGGACUCGGGGACAGCUUUUAUGAAUAUUUGAUCAAGUCCUGGUUGAUGUCUGCCAAAACAGAUACGGAGGCGAAAACUAUGUACUAUGAAGCCUUGGAGGCCAUAGAGACCUAUUUGGUGAAUGUCUCUCCCGGGGGCCUGACCUACAUUGCCGAGUGGCGAGGGGGAAUUCUGGACCACAAGAUGGGACACCUUGCCUGCUUCGCAGGGGGCAUGAUCGCCCUCGGGGCCGAGGACGCCAAGGAGGACAAGAGGGCCUACUACCGAGAGCUUGCUGCCCAGAUCACGAGGACGUGCCACGAAUCCUACGCCCGCUCAGACACCAAGCUGGGGCCUGAGGCUUUCUGGUUCAACUCUGGCCGGGAGGCAGUGGCCACGCAGCUGAGCGAGAGCUACUACAUUCUGCGGCCCGAGGUGGUGGAGAGCUACAUGUACCUGUGGCGGCAGACGCAUGACCCCGUCUACAGGGAGUGGGGCUGGGAGGUGGUGAUGGCCCUGGAGAAACACUGCCGGACGGAAGCCGGCUUCUCCGGGAUCCAGGAUGUGUACAGCAGCAACCCCAACCACGACAACAGGCAGCAGAGCUUCUUCCUGGCCGAGACACUGAAAUACCUCUAUCUUCUGUUCUCUGAAGAUGACGUGCUGUCGGAGGAGGACUGGGUGUUCAACACCGAAGCCCACCCACUGCCCGUCAACCACUCCGACAGCUCGGGCGUGGCUGGGCACCGCCACUGACCCACCGUCCCCGUGCCCGCGUCUCAGGGAUGCCUCUCCUUUCUUGGGAUCCGGGACCGUUCUCAGAGCGCUGGGGACGGGAGGCCCACGGCGGGCAGCCCCUGGGCGGACGCGUCAGACGGGCGACUUGUUUUUCCUCUGUGAGGAGACAGGAGCAGGUGAUGCAGCAGCAUGGCCCGGGCAGCCGUCCCUGGGGCCCGCACGUUCCUUUCCACGGGGGAACUUCUGCGCCCCCACACUCGCUGUCACAGGGCCAAAGGACUUGAGGGUUGCGUGACCACCCCAUUGUGUUUGAUUCGCUUCCUUUUCGGUUCCCGGAGUUCGGUUUCGCUGGAUUUUGGCUUCGUCCCCUCCCGGCUCCCAUUUGAGUUUUCUGACGAUUAUAAAUAUAAUUUUCGAAAUCAUGCGCCUUCCGAAACUGCACCGCCUAACUCAAGGGGGCCGUGAGCGUCCCGUACACGCGCGCUCUUGACCCGUCCAUCUCUUAUCGCCUGUUACCCAACCUUGCCCCUCCCACCCAGUGUCAUUUACUUUAUCAUUCGAGGAGGCGCCUCCCUUUGAUUUGGUCCCAAAUGUUACAAAUCACUAAUGCUAUUUUCAUUACUGUAAUGGAAAAAUAUGUGACUAGAAUAAAGGACUCUAUUGAAU